GUGUUUCACGUUUCCUUGACCAGACACAAGGCACAUGUUUAGCUCCACACGACAAAGCAUAAAUAUUUAAUAGGAUGGUGGACGUCGGUCGUGUUUCCGAACGCGAACUGCUAUUUAUUAUUCAACAAUGUGCAGCUAUUUCAGAUAUGGAGGAAACCAGCGACGUGUACAGAGUGUAUGAGGCAAACUCUCCCUGGUCCGAUCACGAGCCUCGGUGUCUGGAGAACCUGGACCAAGUGGAGUGCCUCAGAAGGAAGAUUAAAUACUACUUCAUGAACCCUUGUGAGAAGUACCACGCUCGCGGACGCAAACCUUGGAAACUGGUUCUGCAGCUUGUGAAAAUUGCCAUUAUUACCAUCCAGCUGGUGUCUUUUGGUCUCAGCAACCAGAUGGUUGUCACGUUCAGGGAGGAAAAUCUGUUGACGUUCAAACACAUCUUCCUGAAAGGCUACGUUGACGGAGGCUUGGAUACGUACGCCGUUUACAGACAAGCAGACGUUUACGAUCACAUCGACUACGUUAUUAAACAGUAUGAACAUCUGCACAACAUCACAGUGGGUAAUCAUGAAUAUGAGAAAAAUGGAAGUACGUACACUCCGCUGACUGUGUGUCAGAAUUUCUUCAAGAAUGGAUCAAUCUACCCCGGAAGUGAAACAUUAGACAUUGAUGUACAUGUAGAAACCGAAUGCUUCAAUGUUUACCCGAUAGCUCCACGAACACUGCGCGAAGCACUUCCAGAGUUUGUGUUGCAUUUCAAAAGGAUGAUCUCUGUGAGCAUCACGUUUGUCCUCAAGGCCAUAAAUUUGCAGACAGUGAGGUACAGAGAGCUGCCAGACUGCUACGACUUCGCCGUUACCAUUACUUUCAACAACCAAGUUCACAGCGGCAGGAUAAAGAUAGACCUGGAAAAUGACGUGAACAUCAACGAAUGCAGAGACUGGAAUGUAGCCGGAGCUUCUCCCAGGAACAUAUACCUCACUGUGCUGUUCGACUGCCUCAUCAUUGUAACGUGCAUCACAUCCUUCGCCCUUUGCAUGCGCUCCAUAAUCAACGGGAUUCAGCUGGAGUUAGAGUACACUCGCUACUGCAGGGAACACACGGCUAAAGAGGUGCCGUGGUCGGACAGGUUGGAGUUCGUGAACGGCUGGUACAUCCUGAUCAUCGUCAGCGACGCACUGACCAUCAUAGGCUCCAUCCUCAAGAUAGAGAUCCAGACGAAGGUCCUCACAAGCUAUGACGUGUGCAGCAUCUUCCUCGGCACAGGCACCAUGUUUGUCUGGAUUGGAGUCAUCCGCUACAUGGGCUACUUCAGGAAGUAUAAUAUUCUCAUCCUGACCCUCAGGGCAGCUUUCCCAAAUGUUAUCCGCUUCAUCUGCUGUGCUGGAAUCAUUUACCUGAGUUACUGUUUUUGUGGUUGGAUCGUCCUCGGCCCGUAUCACGAAAAGUUCCGCACCUUGAACACCGUGUCCGAGUGUCUGUUCUCACUGAUCAACGGAGACGACAUGUUCCCCACCUUUAAGAACAUGAAGCAGAAGAGCAGCCUGGUGUGGAUAUUCAGCAGAGUCUACCUCUACACUUUCGUAUCUCUCUUCAUCUACAUGAUCCUCAGCCUCUUCAUCACGAUCAUCACCGACACCUACGACACAAUCAAGCAACAGCAGCAGAGCGGGAUCCCGACAUCUGAGCUGCAAAAAUUCCUGUCGGUGUGUAAAGAUCUUCCAAACUCGGGCGUGUACAGACUGGACCAAAACAACAGCUUCUUUAACUGCUGCAUCAACAGAUGCAGGCGCGAUAGGGAGAGGCUGACUUCAGAGGCGUAGCCGGUCUUUAAUGUGGACACAUCAAGAGAGGCUCAACUGUAUAACCUGAUCAUUGAUGUGCACUUUAUAUUGUUUUCAGAGGAACUUGUUUGGUUGUUGUCUUGAGGUGGGCUCAGGCGAAAGAUAAUUAUGUUCAGUGCUGAAUAGACUGUGUGAUUAUAAAUAUGGGCAAUAAGGCACCGAAGUCACUGGUGUCAGUGUGACGCACUGAGAUGAGAAACACCUUGUAAAUACACUUAUUUAUGUUGAAACUGAAAAAAUGAAGGUAUAAAUUAGUGCAAAGCACAUCACUUGAAAAGACCCCAUGUUGCACACUCAAGAUAACGAAUCAAUAAAUAAUCUGAAGUGUAAAUUAAAUGAGAUUUUAUUUCUCCAUUGUCAGGAGAUGUUAUUGGUAUAAAAGCUAAAAUUACAUUAUUUUUUUCUCUCCCUUGCACUAGCGAAUUAACACAAUGCAGAAAAAAUCCCAUUUCGGUUUGUGGACAACACACAAACGACAUUUAACACUGUCUUAAAGUCUUCAAAAUCACUGUCUGGAGGCAGAUACUGUAAAUGGCUCCACUGGUCACCAGCUUAGCAGUGGGCUUUUAUUUCCCCAGAAGGGAUUUCAAAACUCCACCUCCUGCUGGAGAGGUCUGGGAGCAGUUCAAACUAAUAUGCACUGCUCCAGUUUGCUCAUCGUCAGACCCUUGUGUUCAUGAAAUGCAUCUAAUCCAUCACGAUCAAGCAGACAUCUCUUUGGUUUUCACCUCUAGUCUUUUAUCCACGAUUUGUAUGAGUGACUGGAUGCAAGCCUCCAGAGAAGGCAGAGGUCACUGGUGCAGAGUUGUCUCAUAAAA